CUCAAGACUCAAGUGUCCUGGCGUCUGAUUGGCUUGCGUUGUGUCAUCAGCUGACUUGAGAGACGCCUCAGAAUAUUUUAUAAUAAAGGUCUGUAUAGGUCAGGGGCAGUCCAAACAUAAAUGCUCCAGCUAAAAAAAAUAAAAAAAUCUUUAUUACUUAGUAAUUCUAAAAAAUGUAAUAUAGAAUUUUGUAGUAUUUUAAAAUUAUUUGACCUAUAAAGCGACGGAUGGCUUUUAUUCUGGUAAAUAAUGUAGUUGCCAGCUGUUAGAGCUGUGUAUUACCUUCAAACUGGCGUGAAUUCUUCUACUCCUUUUUUAAUUGGUUUUAAACACACAGAAUAUUAUUAUUAGUUGUAAAACAGUCAUGUAUCGGCUGCUGUGUUCAUCAAGGGGCCUCAAAUGCACACAAUGCAAAUACAAUGCAGAAAAAUCCGAGCGCUUCGUGUCUUUGUUGACUUCCAGAUUGAAGUACAGAGAUCAGUUAAUGAUGCGAAGAUUCAUGUCAACACACAGAAGAUCCGACUUCUCCAACAACAGACAGUCCUUAUGGUUACUGGGCAUCGGGACAGGUUUUGUUCUGGCUCUGGGUCUGAAAUAUGGUGAUUUUGUGUCCGAACGCUGUGAAUGUGACGUGCAGAAAACAAACAGAACUCAGACUGACACAAAGUACACAGGUGCUAUACAAAUCAGCAGAGACCUCAUACAGCGGAUAAAGGUACAGGAUGAAGUUGGAGCUCCAGGGAUAGUUGUUGGUGUUUCUGUGGAUGGCAGUCCAGUCUGGUGUGAAGGGGUUGGCUAUGCAGAUCUGGAGAACAGAGUGCGUUGUAGUCCAGAAACGGUUAUGAGAAUCGCCAGCAUCAGUAAACCUCUGACCGCAGCAGCCGUCGCUCGACUUUGGGAGGAGGGCAAGAUCAAUCUUGAUGCCCCUGUGCAAAAAUAUGUCCCUGAGUUCCCCGAAAAACAAUUUGAGGGAGAAAAAGUCACGAUAACAUCUCGAAUGCUGCUGUCUCACUUGAGUGGCAUCCGUCACUACGAAAAAGACGCUAAGAAAGUGAGAGAGGACAAAGAGAAAGCAAAGCGGCUUCUGAAGUUUCCAGAGAAGAAAGAAGAGAAGGACACUGGCGAAAACAAAGAGAAGCCGCGAACAGAGGACAGCAGCACUAAAAGCAAAGAGGCCAAAGGACGGCAGAGAAUAAAAGAGAUCGAGCAGAAGGAGUACUACCUCAAAGACAGCUUUGAGAAUGUCAUCCAGGCGUUGGAUUUAUUCAAAGACGAUCCUUUGAUUUUUAAACCCGGUACUACAUUCCUGUAUUCCACACAUGCCUUUACACUGCUGAGCACCGUGGUGGAGAGAGCAACCGGUCAGCGCUUCCUCGACCACAUGAUGAUGAUGUUCCGCGAGCUGGGCAUGCUCAACACCGUUCCGGACGAGAACGACCCCAUCAUUUACAACCGCUCAAGAUUCUACCAUCUAAAUAAGAAAGGUCGUAUUGUGAACUGCCCCUAUGUAGACAAUUCAUACAAAUGGGCUGGAGGUGGGUUUCUGUCCACUGUUGGGGACCUUCUGGUCUUUGGAAACGCUUUGCUCUACAGCUAUCAGAUUGCAGAACUGAAGAACACAGACGGACUGCUCCCUGGCUUCCUCAAACCCCGGACGGCCCAAGCCAUGUGGGCGCCGGUGGACAAAACGGAGGCAUCGUGGGAUAAAGACGGAAUGUACGCCCAGGGCUGGCUGAUCGUGGAGAAGCUGCAGAAAUACGGCCAGUGCCGCAAUCGCAGACAUUACGUCUCGCACACAGGGGGCGCUGUGGGGGCCAGUAGCGUCUUAUUGGUGUUACCCAGAGAGAGCUCACAGGCCGCUGAUGGGAAGCGUUGCCCUCCACAAGGGGUGGUGGUGACCAUCAUCACCAACAUGCAGUCAGUCGGGCUCAAUACCACCGCUCUGAAGAUCGCCCAGGAGUUCGACAGCGCCAGGGACUAAUAAAAUUACGUCUGAUUGUUAGUUACAACAGUUUGCACAUACACUGCAGUAUUUGUGUGUCUCAAGUGAGGUGUUCCUAUGUUUACAAUGCUGAGGUGUUGCCAUGCCUCGGUUUUUAUUGCACUGUUGUGCCAAGUGAUCAUUUUGAUACAUAUGAGAUAUGUCUAAUAUGUUUAAUAAAUGUACAAUGAAAAUUAUAACAUUUGGUCAGCCUGGUCAUUAUUCGUAUUUAUAAUACCUAUAUUUUUUUCUUCCACAAGUGCUUUUUCGAUUGACGGGACAUGCGCCCAGCAAUGUGUUUCUGAAAGAGAGUGUUAAUGACAUCACACGCUUUAAAUGGCAUACUACGAUACUGCCCUUCCUUUUUUUUUGCAGUAUGAUGUAUGCACAUGACAUGAAUUACUGUAGUUCACAGUGCAAAGACCUGACUGCCAAGAGUUAGGGUAUUUUAUCACAAAAAUCCAUCUGAAACACCAAAAAUACUUUUCCUAGUUGAUCAUAUUUUUGGCAUGCGGAACUACAGUGCACAUUAAAGCAACACAACCCAAUUCUUUAA